AUGGCGUCGGUGACACUUGAAAGCCUUCCGGUGGAGUUGAUCGAGGAAAUUGUGGCUUGGCUAGACUUCCACGCUCACUGCGCUCUGCGUCUGACUGGACGCACCAUCUCCGUCAAAUCAUCUAAUGCUACAUUUCGGAAUUAUUUCCUUUCCAAGAAAUUGGAAAUCGCGGAGGCCCCGCUUGAGCAGUUCGUUGGAGUUACCCAGCCAGGACGGUUCGGGCUUUGGGUCCAGGAUCUCAUUUUGUAUACGUCUAUUGCCCUCCACACUGAAGAAGUGCCCCCUGUUAGCCCCAGAGUGUUUGAGUUACUGGUGCAAGGGUUUGCGAAUAUACAUAAUAACUCACCGCACGAUGAGCCUUUAUCAAUUACCCUCAAGGUUUUCGGGGACGGCUAUCUGGGAGCUCUCACCGACAGAGUGUUCCAAGUGACAAUGUCAGCCCUCAAGAGUUCUGGGCUGCCUCUUCGGUCACUUGAUGCCUUUGCAGAUGGCUAUUCUCACACAUAUGGGGGGCGUUGUAGCUUCCCUUUCGGCGAGAUCCCCGCUGUAUUCGGCGGCAGCACGGCGGACUUGACAAGGCUGGCGGCAGCAUUCCAACCAUGCAAGAAGAUAGGACUAAGCUUGGCGCAUCACAUACAUAAGAUAGAUUUCCUUAGGCCCCGGGAAUCCCCUUCAAGGCCAGGGGACGAUUUCGAGUUAACGCCGAGCUACGAAGAAGCCCGGGAGAACACCCGAUCACUCGCACACCUUUUGAACCUUUGUCCUACCCUCGAGGAGCUGCACCUGGUGUGGGAGUAUGAUGACUUCGACGAGACGGCCGGGGUAAGGGAGGAAUUAUACUUCUUCAAUCGGGUAGUAGAAUCUUGCCAAUUCCCGGGCUUGAAGAAGUGUACCUUGUGCGACACUCGAAUGUCUGAAGCUACGCUCAUGACUUUUUUUCGUCAGCUUACUCGACUGGUGCACUUGGACUUGAAGCUGAUUCAUGUUGACGGUCACUUCGACGGUCUAUUCAGACUCUUGUCUACGGCGAUGCCAGAGCUGAAUUACUUGCGUCUCCAGUACCUUUAUUCCUCCUCUGGAACCAUUUACUUCCCACAUGAGCCGCGAGAUAAUUUUGUGAGAUCCCCAUUGAGUCGGUCAGCACAAAGAUUAAUCCGGAGGGGUGUCGACGCUAGAAGACCAGUCAUUACCAAGAUUAGGUGA